GCUGAUAGAGCGUAAUGAAGCUGAUGGCUCUGUGGGAAUUCCGUCCUUCUCAGCUGACGUUGAGCUGGAACUCGUCGUCGUCUCGCCAGGUGCGCUUUGCGGGCGGUCGUCUCUUUGACUCCCCCAUCUCUUUCGUCCAGUGCUGGUGCGCAUGCUUCACUAGGUUUCUAGCGCAAGCCUGGGGCUCGCUUUCAUUCCUUGACUUUCGACAUCCGACACCGAGGACGAGUCGCAGGCUUUCGUGUCCUUCUCGGUGUAGCAUUCAGCACGCCCUGGUGGUCCAGCUCGUUCUUUCAACGGUACCACUCCUCGAACGCUCUUUGCUGCUUCGUACACGGUCGGCAAACACGUUCGCGAGGCUCCACAUUCUUCUCGCAUACAUCUCUUGCACGAGGGAACACGGCAGUUUCUAAAGCAAGAUGGAUCCUGCCUCGUUGCACGCACAAUACUCACGGGACAUCCACUUGGUCGGUACGACAAUGCUAAGCAAGGAGACGACCGUGCAAUCCAUCCUCUCGGACAUUCCAUUUUUCGCCGUGGGCAUAUUCGCAUUCGGCGCAUCCUCUUUCCUCCUCAUUUUCAAACGGAUGAACUGGAUCAUCGCGUGUCUGCAUGCAGCUGCACUGUUUGCGUUCACUGGUGCUGUCCUUGACCUUAUUCAGCUCCUCAUCCGCGGAAAGCACAGUGCCGCCGCCGUCCAAAAUACGAAUCCUUUCCUCGCGCUUACCAUCACUCGUGAGGUCACGUAUUCCUUAUCUUUCGGUCUUCGCUACGUCUUCUACUGGGGGUUUGUCGGCUCCCCACCCGUAGUGAGUGAUGGCAGGGAUACACGCGACCUGCACAGUGGGAGCUGGGCACGAUGGGGCAUCACCGGUUUUUUCCUGCAGUGGGCACUGGUUGUAUCGGCACUGGCGAUCACGGCACUGCAAGUCUUGUUCCGAGUCUAUACGCCUCUACAGCGGCUGGGCGCUAUCCAAGAUGCUGAAGGGGCGUUGGAGGCUUGUGUGUCCGCCAUCCUGAUUUUGAAGCUGCUCCUGAACAUCUACUUGGCGGCUUUGGAUUCGUACGGAGCUAUACGACGGUUGCAUCUAUUUCUGCGCUACUUGCCUAUGAUUCUCGCGUUGGCCAUCAGCGCGGCUAUCGGUGCUGGGAACAUCAUAGAAUUGUUGUUCUCAGAGACUAUCCUUGCGCGUUUCCUGCAGGGCACCGAGCUCUAUAUCCUUGUGCUCUACAUGCUGGUUGAUGCCUUCCGCUCGAGGUCGACCAAAUUCAACAAGCGACGUAUUGAUCGGUCCUCUUCCUUCCACAAUAUGCCCCCCGUUAUUCCGCGCUCCUCCGAGUUCUUGCUUGGUCCACCGAAAGUCCCAGAGCCAAAGUUCAACCCCAUGUUCGGCGAGGAGCUGUCUUUCGCUGAGCCUUCGAAGCCGCCCCAGUCGUGGGAACCGUCGUUAGCGGGAUACUCGUUGCGUGUAUCCAACUGGUUUGGACGUCGACCGUCGAAGAGCACCACUACGCAGCCGACUCGCAACAGCGCCUGGGGGCAGGACCAAGCCGAGCGUGGCAUGUCUCCCGUCGUGGAAGGCAUGGAGACUGCACUUCUGGAGAAGACCGCUGCCCCAGAAUCCAUGGGACCCCUCCAGAGCCCAGUAGUCAAGGAGCCAGUGUAUACUGCUAUAGUCAUCUCGGAUCCGGUGGACCCUGUCGACGUCGUCUCUCCACAGGCUGCUGCGGUCGCCUUCCCCCCUCGUGCCUAUUCUCGCGACUUUGACAAGCAGUAUCUCUACCCCAUGACACCCAACUCCAUGAGCGACGCGGAUUCUCCAGUCCAUGGCCUCUACGGUGUCGUCAACGCCAAGCGACCGCCGUCGACUGGAUCCCUUUCUUUGGACGAAGACCCUCGCGACGUCUUCGCCCGGUCCGCCCGCUCGUCGGGCAUCUCUGGCCUCUUGCGCGAGCAAGAAGAGCUCGACAAGUCCAUCGCUGCACUCAAGCUUCUGGCGAGGCCAGAGGACGAGAGCAAGCGGGCGUCAAGUACCGGAAGCAUGUCGCCCGGCCAGUUCUCUCUGAGCGUCUUCCCGGAACCGCCGUGGGGCCGGGCUAGCAUCGGGAGUGUAGCGUUUUCGGCGGGGAGGCCGCUGGUGACUACUUCGGGACAAAGAGCAGAGACGGCGUUCCCUGAGCACGCGAGGCAGCAAUCCUUCCCUCUGUCGGAGCUGGCUGUGGGCGACUCGGAUCUCCUGCCACCGUCCAGGCGGAAUAUCAUGACUGCUUCGGGAGGGACGCAGUAUGAGAUCACGUCAUUCAUCGGAAACCUGACACACCCAGAGCAUUUGUUGCAAAACUCAAUCUCGACCGAAGCGUCGUUCGCUGUCGGCAGUGCUGGCAGUGCCACAAAGACUGAGAAGAUGCUGAUAACCAUCCCCGAGUCGAGUCCAGCAGCCAGUGAAGCCGGUUCCAGCAAGGCAUCUCCCUCAUCAUUGACCUCUUCACGCACCUUGACGGUCGGAGGCAAGGUCCGCCAAAUCGGGCUACCUUCUGGGCCACGCCUCCAUACAUCGACUGUACCGCCAUCUGUCCGUUCGACGAUCACCUCGUCUUAUAUGCCGACGCCUUUCUAGCUGCCAAAUUGUUGCGCCAGACUGCCCCGUGUAUCGAUGUAUUCGCUCGUCCUUUUUGCUGUCGACCAGUAGCACUUACCCUUCGUCUUUCUUCGCUUUUUGUUGUUUUUUUUUUUCGUUCCACCACCCACGCUGUAUUAGUAGCAGGUUGCCCUCUUGCUCGGACUCGUCUGUACUAUGUACACACACUAGACCUUCCUUAUGCGGAUCUCCGACUGUGCCACGUGGCUGCGAUGACGUCUAG